AUGCGCAUUGCUCAAAGCUUCGUUCGAUUCAAGAUGGCGGCAAUAAAUGGAUGUCUUGUCGUUUUCAUCGUAAUGUUUUCUCUGAUUUCUGUAUCUUGCUUUCCGGAAUCCGGCAUAAGGGACCUCCACUUUAAUAAAGUGAGUGAUAGUAGAUUACUUUCAUUAAAUAUUUUGCUGUGCGUUGUUUUGUAUGCAAGUCUAAACACACAAACUUGAUCACCUGAUGUUUUACAUUUUGCUGAAUUGAAUUUGCUUCCUUUCCAUUUCUUUUCAGAAACACACGUAUAGAACGUUUUCUAAAACAAUGAACAAGGGAUACACCGUUGCAAUAAAAGGUUUGCAAUAUAACAAGCCAUUAUCAACGUCUGUCUAAUUUCAUUAUGGCCUCCAAUCAAUUUAUUUUGCCAGGGACGACGUUCGGAGCAAAAACUGGUUGUAUUAGAUUUACUAUGGUACAGAUAGUAGCAUUAUCGAAAGUCACUUCGUGAAUUACGCCGAACUAUUUCGAAAUUAUUUAUAUUCGUGUCGCAAACGGAGCGAGAAAUUAAAGUUACAAGUUAAAUGCAAGUAAUUUGUUAAGGAAAGUAAAUGCAGCUGUGAGUAACGAUUCAUUCCUUUGGUCAUUUUCUUUUUAUAGGACAAUGCAGCAACUACUCAGGAUUGAUACAGAUAAACUGGAGGCUGGAAAUAUCACAGUGUGCAGAAAUGUUUUCUUUUGUAAAUGUAUGAAUAUUUCCAGUUUUCCUUUCGUGUGUUGGCAAUAAAUUCUUGGGAAAAAAAAAAAGAAAAAUUUUUCCGGUGGAUUUGUUUUAUAUGAGCAGAUAGAAUGUACAAUAGGCCAUCAUUUUACUACUAUGACCAGAAUCCUUUAGGGUUUUGCUUUCUUGUGCAAAUUAAGGCUUUUGUUAUUUAAACCACUGUGGGAUUACCACAUUUAAAUAUGAAAGAAAAAACAAAAAGGAUUCUGGUCGUAGUAGUAUAUUGUUAGCAUAUUGUUGUUAGCUCUGUUGUACAUGUAUAGUCAAAGCAAUAUUUUUUAUUAAUUGCUGCAAGGCCCAGGCAAAUUAGGUGUUCUUGUGGUUUCUUGGGUAUCCUGUCACUAUUUAGGCAUCACAAUCUGGAUUUACUGUUGAACCUUUACUAACGGCCACCUCUCCACAGCGGCCACUUUUUUUGGCGGACAGUCCAUACAUUGACUCUUGUUUAAACCUCUCUACAAUGGCCACCUCUCUACAAUGGUCACCUUUUUUUGGGCGGACAGUCCAUAUAUUGACUCUUGUUUAAACCUCUCUACAAUGGCCACCUCUCUACAAUGGUCACUUUUUUUGGUGGACAGUCCAUAUAUUGACUCUUGUUUAAACCUCUCUACAAUGACCACCUCUCCACAGCGGUCACUUUUUUUGGGUGGACAGUCCAUACAUUGACUCUUGUUUAAACCUCUCUACAACGGCCACCUCUCUACAAUGGUCACUUUUUUUGGUGGACAGUCCAUACAUUGACUCUUGUUUAAACCUCUCUACAAUGGCCACCUCUCUACAGCGGUCACUUUUUUGGGUGGACAGUCCAUACAUUGACUCUUGUUUAAACCUCUCUACAAUGGCCACCUCUCUACAGCGGUCACUUUUUUGGGUGGACAGUCCAUACAUUGACUCUUGUUUAAACCUCUCUACAACGGCCACCUCUCUACAAUGGUCACUUUUUUGGGUGGACAGUCCAUACAUUGACUCUUGUUUAAACCUCUCUACAGCGGUCACUUUUUUGGGUGGACAGUCCAUACAUUGACUCUUGUUUAAACCUCUCUACAAUGGCCACCUCUCCACAGCGGUCACUUUUUUUGGGUGGACAGUCCAUACAUUGACUCUUGUUUAAACCUCUCUACAAUGACCACCUCUUCACAAAUUGGUCACUUUUUUUGGUGGACAGUCCAUACAUUGACUCUUGUUUAAACCUCUCUACAACGGCCACCUCUCUACAAUGGCCACCUCUCUACAAUGGUCACCUUUUUUUGGUGGACAGUCCAUAUAUUGACUCUUGUUUAAACCUCUCUACAACGGCCACCUCUCUACAAUGGUCACCUCUCUACAAUGGUCACCUUUUUUUGGUGGACGGUCCAUACAUUGACUCUUGUUUAAACCUCUCUACAACGGCCACCUCUCUACAAUGGCCACCUCUCCACAGUGGUCACUUUUUUUGGGUGGACAGUCCAUACAUUGACUCUUCUUUAAACCUCUCUACAAUGGCCACCUCUCCACAGCGGUCACUUUUUUUGGGUGGACAGUCCAUAUAUUGACUCUUGUUUAAACCUCUCUACAAUGACCACCUCUCCACAGCGGUCACUUUUUUUGGGUGGACAGUCCAUACAUUGACUCUUGUUUAAACCUCUCUACAAUGACCACCUCUCUACAGUGGUCACUUUUUUUGGGUGGACAGUCUAUACAUUGACUCUUGUUUAAACCUCUCUACAAUGACCACCUCUCUACAGCGGUCACUUUUUUUGGUGGACAGUCCAUGCAUUGACUCUUGUUUAAACCUCUCUACAAUGACCACCUCUCCACAGCGGUCACUUUUUUUGGUGGACAGUCCAUACAUUGACUCUUGUUUAAACCUCUCUACAAUGGCCACCUCUCUACAGCGGUCACUUUUUUUGAUGGACAGUCCAUACAUUGACUCUUGUUUAAACCUCUCUACAAUGACCACCUCUCCACAGCGGUCACUUUUUUUUGGUGGACAGUUUUGACUCUUGUUUAAACAGUCCAAUGGCCACCUCUCCACAGCGGUCACUUUUUUUGGUGGACAGUCCAUACAUUGACUCUUGUUUAAACCUCUCUACAAUGACCACCUCUCCACAGCGGUCACUUUUUUUGGUGGACAGUCCAUACAUUGACUCUUGUUUAAACCUCUCUACAAUGACCACCUCUCCACAGCGGUCACUUUUUUUGGUGGACAGUCCAUACAUUGACUCUUGUUUAAACCUCUCUACAAUGACCACCUCUCCACAGCGGUCACUUUUUUUGGUGGACAGUCCAUACAUUGACUCUUGUUUAAACCUCUCUACAAUGGCCACCUCUCUACAGCGGUCACUUAUUGAGUGGACAGUCCAUGCAUUGACUCUUGUUUAAACCUCUCUACAAUGGCCACCUCUCCACAGCGGUCACUUUUUUUGGUGGACAGUCCAUACAUUGACUCUUGUUUAAACCUCUCUACAAUGACCACCUCUCUACAGUGGUCACUUUUUUUGGUGGACAGUCCAUACAUUGAUUCUUGUUUAAACCUCUCUACAAUGGCCACCUCUCUACAGUGGUCAUGUCCAUACAUUUCCAUAAAGAAUUAGUUGAGAGAAUUUAUUAAAAGAUCGGAGCAUUUUCCCUUAGGUGAUCAUUUUAUUAAUUCUCAUAACCUUUUCUCUUGAUUGUGUAUUGAUAUUGCUAAGGAGAAAAUAGAUGUUGGUCACUCUUGGGACUUAAAAGGGUUUUAAACUUUCCUUGCAGAAUGAUGACCCAGACGGUAUGAAGAGGCUGUGGGAUGUUUUUGCCAACCUCUCCCUUACAGGAGAAAACACACUUGCUUGUACCCCUUCAAUACAUUUAGAGGUACUGUAUGUAUCAUGAAGGAAGACAAUAGGGAGCUUAAGCAGUGACGACGGCAACAGCUACAAAAACAUCACUUAAAAAGUGAAUUUGCACUGCUUCAAACUUUAUGAUGCUUAUUCUAUCUCUUUUAAUUCGUCAAAUGUUGGCAAAUUUUGUCGGAGUGGAAUUCUAAAGAACUAUAUCAAAAUUCAGGAAAAGAAAAAGAAAGUUGUUGUCUAGCCUGAAUUUCAUCCGAUUACUUCGAGUCUUUAUUACUCCUUCAGUAAUGUCUGAAUUGACCGGCCGUUAAUGGCGUCCAGUGACGUCACUACUCCUUUGCUUUAAUUCAUGCAAAAAGUAAAACACGAUUUUCGCGUGGCAAGCCAAGAAAUAUCAUUUGGAAAUGUUUACAUGAUACAGAACAGCUGACAGAAUUGCUUUACUUUUUUUGAUCGAAAUUCAUGUUUAAUGUUCAAACUAUCAACUGCAUGCAGUACUCUGAACCGGUUGUAAUUCAAACUCGGUCACAAUCACGCAAUGAAAUAAAUACACACUCAGAACUCUUAGUUCAAAAACACAACAAUUUCCUUUAAUUGAAAAGAAGCUAUUUGGUCCUUAACAAAGACAAAAGAAAACAAGGAAACAAGAAAGAAAAGCUAAAGUCGAAUGACAACAUGACAUUGGUCUCAGAAACUUCGCAUAAACAAAAUCACUGCGGAAACCACAAAGCAGCUCUAAAUGAAAAACCUACUGACUCUCCACAAUGAUUCUUCAUUCGCAGUUCAAUGUAGCAAUUCAGUUUCGAAGACAAAGGCAAUUUUGCUGUUUACGAUAAAGAUUAUCGAAAUGUUUGAACUCCAUGGAAGCAUGCCACCAGAGCGAUCCGCUACACAUCAAGCAACAAUCCCGCUAAAAUUUCUCAUAAUUAUACAUAAUGACGCGAAUGUUUAGACAAUCAACCAAUCAAAAUCACUACCUGGUUUUUGGGUAGUAGUGACGUCACUGGACGGCAUUAACAGCUGGUUGAUUCAGACGUUGCUGAGAGGAGAAAAUGACUUGAGGCAAUCGGAUGAAUUUCAGGCUAGUUGUUGUCUUGUGUUCACGUCCUCAACAAAACGUGAAAUUAACAACAACAACAACAGUUUAUUUCUACUACUGUAUACAACUAAAAAAUAUUAUAAAUAAAUAAAUAGACAGUACGUACAGUAGUGGGACACCCAAAAUAACUAGAAAGCUAAACUAGUUGGGUGACCGUACCUAUGAUAAUUAAAAAUGUGAAAGUCAGAUAGAGGCACAACAAAUACAUUGGUACUUAUUGGUACUUGGUACUUGGUACAAUUAAUACAUUGAUAUAUAGGCACUUUCAUGUUGUAGUCGUGCAACAACAGCCAAGAAAUGUAGAAAAAAGAGUGAUGUGGGUGCAGAGUAGUUGUUUUGCUAAUCUAAACCAAUUGCCUUUUUACCAUUCUUGUUGCUGUUGCUGUUGUCGUUGCUUAACAUACCUAAUGUGUUUUAAGGGACAGACCAUUAGAGAAACUUAUGGGGGGAAAAGUACAAAAAUAUUUGUUAUAUUCCUAGACUUUCACUCAACUAAACAGGGACAGCCAUUGGCUGAUUCUUAGUCACGUGGCCUUGACUAAAAUCAAUUGUAUCCCGAUCGUGAUACAUUAGGCAAUGUACCUCGCUCGGGAUACAUCAGAGCACGUGAUCAGAGCAUGGAGGAAAGUGGCGUGACAGAAGGCGGGAAAAACACUGCCAGUUUUCUUUUUCGUGAACAACAACACAAACAUGAAGCCUCAAGCUAAAAAGCAACGAUUUUCAAAGUUAUCCUAGCAGCUAGUGGAGGAAAAAGAUGCAGAUAAUAUAAGGAAAGUACUUUGUAAAUCAUUCAUUGAGUGGUUUUGAGAAUUAAAUUUGUGUUCUUAUAAAUACCGAGUCGUACUGUUUUGAUUCACUCUGCUUAAGCGUAUUCUUUUGUUGCUGUUGAAGUACGUUGAAGUGAAAGUCUAGAAAUAUAACAAAACACUUAAUGUCAGGUCCCACGGGAAACCAGUUAGUUUUGUUUUCCCUCGAGUCCUGAUGUUUCCCUCAACUUAGUCUCGGGAAACAUCAGGACUCUCGGGAAAACAAAACUAACUGUUUCCCUCAGGAUCUGUCAUUAAGUAUAUCAUACAUUCGCACAAGGCAAAAUUAAAUGGAAAAAAAAUUCAUGCAACUCAAAAGAUCCCCACCCCCACCCCCCAUAUUUUACUAAUGGUGCAUCCCUAAGUAACAGAGGACUGGGAUGGGGAAAGGUGUAAUGGGUAGAGGGGUGAAGGUAGUGCAUUAAGUCUGGGUUCAGGGUGUAACAGGUCAACCAUUUGCCUUUUGAGUGGGGGUGGAUGGGGGGAGAGGGUGGGGUGAUUUGGUUAAGGCAAGAAUUUUUUCUCAAGGCUACUACCACUUUUCCUCUUUUUUGGUGCACAAUAAUGCAUGACCUUUUAGUAAUAAUAAACCAACAUUGUUUACAAGCACAAUGCUUCUUUUUUUAAAGGAUGUGACGGACAAAGUGGGUGAGCUGAUACUCCCUGGAAGUGAAAGUGAUGUGAGUAUUGUAAGGAACUAUUGUGCAGUUAACAAAGUGAAGAAACUACUAUUAUUCACUGGUAGUGAACUUUGAAACAUAUGAACAUGUACAGGAACUCUGUACAGUGGUGUGAAAAAUUGCUUGAAAGGGCAAGUUCCAUUAGUAAACAAAACAGUUCAAGUAGGUAAAUGUCUGUGAUGUAAAGUGAGACUAUAUGUUGGCUUGUCUCAUGAAGUACUAACCUUGAAACACCCCUAGGAGAGUUGGAAACAAGAUAUCUUUAUUUGUAUGAUUGAACAUCAAGUUUGUUCAGUUAUUUUCAAGAUAAAUUGUUCGAUUAACAUGCUAUUAAAAAAUUUUUUCUCCUAGACUGAUGGAACUGAUGAUAAUAAUCAAGAAAAUGAUCAGAAAGACAGCAAAGAGGAAAACAAAGAUUCAAAAGAAGAAAGUACAGCAUCUUCAAUAACAGUCAAGGCUGUAAAAACUGCCUCAAGUAAAGCAGCUACGAAGAAAGAAACCACAGCAAAGCAUACUCUAGCAAAGAAUAAGGUCUCUUCAUCCGAACCUACAAAACUUAGAAAUACUCAGGGGACAACCGACUCUGAUAAAGACAACAAUGUUAGCCAGCAAAGAAGAAGAAGAGGCAGUGAGGUGAAUUUGUACUGUAACUCCAAAAAGUGACCAGCAUCAUAUUUCGUUUUACUUGUCACUACUUAAUUCAACAUAAACACUGUCAUUGUGAGGUGGAACCUGACUACCGUAUUUAUUCGAUUAACUGCCCUGGGCGCUUAUUAAAUUUUUGUACCUUGAGAAUGAGCGCUUAUUUGAGGUGGGCGCUUAUUCGAGGGUGGGCGCUUAUCAAAUUUUCACCAUUUUAAGCAAGUCAGGUAUGUUUAUUUUGCAACAAACAAUAAAUGGUAAUAACAAAACGCAAAGAUUUUACAAAGCAAGGUUUCUGUAAAAUACUCUGAAUAAACUUCGUCUUCGGGAAAGUCUCUUAUUAGCACUUACUCAAUUUCAAUUUUAAUCUCUUUGUCACUCAAGUCAAUAAGUGGAUUCUCUGGUGUUGCCUCCUCGAGGUCUGACAUCGGGGGAGUGGGGUGGGGGUGGGCGCUUAUCAACUUUUUCUGCCUUUAGGAUGGGCGCUUAUUCGAGGUGGGCGGUAAUUCGAGGUUGGGCGCUUAUUUGAAUAAAUGCGGUAACAACAAAUGAGCGAGACAUUUGCGUAUGGAAGUGCCCACAAGAGUCUGUUCCUUUGGGCCCUUAUAUUUCAUAAUUAGAAUUCCCCAAAUAGAUGAUAACUGGAAUCUACCACUGUCCCAGUUUAGGGUACUGCUUGAAUUAUAUCACUUGGCUCAUCACUCUCUAAACAGUCAUCCUUCCCCAUCAAUCUUUUUUGAUUGCUCAAACAUUAAGUUGGGGUUUUACUUUUGUUUGUUCUGCUAUUUUUUUGUUGUCGUUGCUCAUAUAAUGUAUGAGAUUAAUGAUCAGUGAAUGGUUGUUUUGAUGAAACAGGAAGGCGGAAAAGCAACAGAAAAAGAAGCCACAAUGUCUAAAACAAAGGCAUCAAAAAAGGAAGAGGCAGGGAAAACAUCUAGUGAUGAUACAAAGGUAAAAGAAUCAAGAUUGUUUUGGAUGAAGUCAGGGGUGAUUGUAAAGGCAGUGGGCCAGGGAUUUUGUCUCCCAGGGUUUGUCUCUCAAAAGUUCUGGUAACUUACUGGGCCCAAAAUCAAAUGUUCAAAUCAAAACCUGUUGAAUAGUAUCAUGGUUCUUAGCUCAGUCAAUUUUGUUUCGUUAACUGGUAGUUUCAUUGUAUCAUUUUCAAAUUUAUUAUAUUUCUUGAAUGUACACAUGGCAAACUUUGCACAGCUUUCUGGGCCUGAAAACCCAUCAGGACUUGAUCAAAAAACAGGGCCAAGAAUAGAAAUGACGAGGGGAAAACGGACAUUUUCCUUCUGUAUUUUUGCCUAUGGGCAAAGUCCUCCAUCAUGGCCCUUAGUGAUGGCUACAUCUUGUACUGCUAACCACAUAUCCUAGGAAAAUUGUCAAAGAAAAAACUGUGCCUGAGUGGUUUGAAGAAAACCAUGGGGUUCAAAAGUAAGUUUCAACCUGGCAGGAGGCAUUUAAUUAACAGAAAUCUUUCUACACUAGUAUAAAAUUAAAAAAAAAGUACUUCACAAUUUAAUUUUUUUAAAUUGCUUUCAAACCUAGACUUUCUUAUACCUGUUAAGCACUGGCUUACAGAAAAUGAAGAAGAGAUGAUUUUUCCCCCUGUAUCUUUAUUACUCUUGAUUUCUUUCCUAACAGGUAGAAAAUCGCAUUUGUGUCACCAAACAUGAUGGUGUUUAUCUGCUCAUAGUGAAUGCCCAUACAGUGGAUAAAGAUGAAAAUCCAACGAAAGAUUUUAAACUGAGUUGUAAGUAACAAAAACUCCAUCAAUGAUCCAAAGUGCACGUAGUAAAGAUGUGAGGCCCGACCUCAUAUCUUAACAUUAUAAUGCUGUUCACUGUAAACAGAAUAAAGGCAUGUCGCACAGGCUAUAAAAGUGAACUGUUACAGGUUUCUUCACUGACUAAAAGAAGGAAUCAGGAAAAUGGGACCUGGUAUUGUCUGUAGCAAACGAAUGGCUGGUCCACACAGUAUGUGGCAAGGCAUGCAAUACCAUCACUGAUGCAAUCAAGGAAAUCCAAAAAAAUGGCAUCCUUGAUGUGUUCUCAUGCCAAAUAAUGGGCUCUUUUCUUCUUGCAAUAGUUAUAUUAAACACCUGAUACAUACAUUAAUUUUUUUCCCCAUGCAGUACAUGUUGAGAUGAAAGGAGAGCAUGGAUACCUCUCAGCUUCUGAUUGGCCUCUUUAUCCGGUAAUGUGAUGCUGUAGUUAUAUUUUAAGUUAUGUAUUCAAAUAUUUCAUUUUGUUUGUUUCUCAUUGGUGAGAGAUACAACAAAACCAGUCAUAUUGUGUCAGAGCUGUUAUUUAAGGGCUGUAUAAACCCAUAACACGGGUCUGUUAUGGCUGAGCUCACUUGAUGUUACGGUUGAUCAAAGUGGAAGGCUAAAGAUUCCACUUUAGAUAAUUUUUGUGAGAAGUUAAGGGUGAAUCUUCAUUUACUACAGCUGCUUCCAAACUUAAUGACGGCCCUGUGUGUAAUUCGCUGGUUUGUUAUUGUCCAGUGUAGACUUAAGGAUAUAAGUCACUGAAAUAUGGAUGUAACAGCUGGAAAUUAAAUGGAGGCCGUCAUGAACACAGAUGAAUAACUAUUGUUUUGGUGUAUUGUUUUUCUAGUUUUAUGGCGUCAUGUCGCUGCUUUAUGUUUUCUACGGUGUGGUGUGGCUUAUUGUGUCUGCAUGCCAGUGGAGGGAUUUGCUGAGGAUACAGGUAAUAAAAAGCUCUUAUUGAAUGUUUCCUAAGGACCAAUUAAGCUGUUUUUACUCCUGCUACACGUGAUUUACACUGUAGUGCUGAGCAAUUUUUAAGUCUGAGAACAAAAUCAUGUGCUGUGACCAUUCAAAUGAAACCUCUUUUUCAGUGCUUUUUAUGGUUACGUUUGUUUCUCUUUUGGUUUUCUUUGUUUGUUUUUUUUUUACAACUUUGAUAUUAGCUCUGCCAUUUUCUCACUUUUAAUGUCAUCAUCCUUUUCACUGAAAAGAGGCUUCAGGGCUAAGAAUGAAUUUGGAACUGUUUCUAGUCAUGUUGAUCAGCCAAGGAAGUUUUAGUUCAGUCAUGUCUCUUAUCCGACCAGUCAAAAUGUUAAAAAUGACACGAUAAUAACUUGACCAUACUAGAUUAACAAGCAAAAACAUAAAGGGAAAAAAGAUGCUUGUCCUUCUGAAAAUUAAUGGUGUGAAAAUGUAUUUUUUUUCUCUGGUUGCCUAUUUAAGUGUCCGGUCAAAAUGACUGGCACACAAAAGUUUGCACAGACAAAUAGUCAUCUUGGCCAGAUGUUAUUCUUUGAUCAACCAUUGUUUUAAACCCUGGGUCUUCUAGGAAGUCAGGCUGAUAUUGUAAAUGACCAGAGAUAUUCCCUGGUAUCGUUAUACCAGGGAAAUAAUUAUUAUGACUGGCAUACUGUAAAAUUCCGAAAAUAAGCCCCUCCAAAUGUAAGCCCCCCAAACCGGUAAUGUAAAAAACCCUCCGUUAAAUCGCCCCUCCAAAAAAUUGGAGGGAUUGGGAAAAUUGCCCUCAGAUAGAAAGUAAAACAAAGCAAAAAUGGUAACUUUACUUCCAACUAUAAGGCUAGCCCAAUCGAUUUUGAAACACGAAUUUCCCUCCAUAGAUAAUCCCCUCCGAAUAUAAGCCCUUCCAAAAAUAAGCUCCCCUAAAAAAGGGCCUUUGAAAAAUAUAAGCCCCGGGGCUUAUUUUCGGAAUUUUACGGUAUUUGAACAAAAGGUCAAUUUUCCCAACAAAAGUCCAGCUAGAAUGAAAUACAAAUGUCAUGGAGAGCCCUUGUGUACAGUUUGUGAAAUAAACCUUCCAAGCACAUGACAAUAUUCUUACUGAGAUUAAUGGUGACUCUACGUAUUAUUGAAAAUUUCAGUUUUGGAUUGGAGGUGUCAUUGCAUUGGGUAGGUUAUUAUGUUUUAAAGUACUUUAAAGCUGUAUUAUUGAAGAAGAAGAACCUUUAUUAAUUUAUACCGCUCACGGUAGCCCCUUGAGACGCAAAAAGCUGUCUGUUAUCAAUGGGAGCCCUGAGCAACAACGCACAAAAACCACACUGAACAUAUAAACAUUACACUAAUACAGGUAAUAAUAUAAAUAGAAAACUAUUUUCAAUUAAAAGAUUAAAAGAUGUAAAACACGGAAUAUCAUUUAGAUAAUUCGUUAAAAAGAGUGCAACCAUAAUAAUAGAAGGAUCUUUUUGCAAAUUGUUGUUUCUAAUUCAUGCAUCACAUUGUGAAAGUUUUUUUGUGCGUUAUUGAAAAGACAUUUUGUACAAUAAUGUACAAUUUGAAUAACAGCCAGGAAUUUCAUUUAAGGCUUAGGUAUGGGAAAAAUUUAGCCAACAUCAACACACAAUGAGAUGUUGGAGACUUGAAGUUCAAGAGAUUAGGGUUCCAGCUGUAUCUGGAAUAGCCAUCUAUGUGGUUUUUCUAACAAUAUCUCUCUCUUUUAGGUAUGCUGGAGAAAGCUGUGUUCUUCUCUGAGUACAACAACAUUAACAUAACUGGUGAAACAAGUAUGUCAUAGAACUGUCUUGUCUUCUUUGAGACCUUGAAAUUUUUUAUUUCCACCACACACUGUUCGAUUUUCUGUCUCAAGGCUCAGAGGUUGAAUGCAUAAUAUGUCACCAUUAAUGUAGGUAUCAAUGUUUGGACGGAGCAGGGAGGGGAUACUGGCAUAGUUGUAGCAUUUGAUUUUCCUAAUCUUUCUUCUUUUUUUGCAAUUUUUUGGUCAAAUUCCUGACCCUUGGGACUAGAAAAUAGCUCAAGUUUGAUGAAAUACCCCUUUUUGGGCAUAAUGAAAUCACAGUUUGGGGCAAACUUUGUGGUUUAAAUCUCUAGAGAGGGGACAAAGAAAGUGUCCAAGUGCCACACCUAUGCCCUCACACGUACCCCCCUCUCCUUCUAAACACUGAUAUCUGCAUAAUGAAUCUGUGAGUGAAAGAGUAAACAUAGUUUUCUCACAUUUUAUUGUAUAACCAUGUACCUGUUUAAUUCACAGAUCCGGCUUUAACCAUCUUUGCUGAGCUUGUAUCCUGUGUGAAAAGAACACUGGCCCGUAUCUUGGUCAUUAUAGUCAGUAUGGGCUUUGGCAUUGUGAAGUAAGCAUCAUAACUCCGCCACUUUUUCAUUAAGCUGUCAUUAUAACAAUUCAUAGACAUGUACGUAUGGAUAGAUUGAAACAUGGAUUAGCCUUUGAUUUCAUGUUCACUUUUCCUAUUUUUUCAGACCCAGACUUGGUACAGCUCUCCACCGGGUUUUGGGUGUCGGUGGUUUGUACUUUAUUCUUGCCGCAAUAGAGGGUUGCUUCAGAUCUCUUCAUGUAAGUACAGACUAAAAUCUUCUUCAGGAUUAGAUUAGUCAGUUUAACACUCAACAUUGUAGAGAGGGAGAUCAAGGGUUCAAUUGCCAGGACUGGGCCAAUACUCAGGGUCUUAAAACAACUGAGAAAUGAAGGUACAGCCUUUGCCCUGCAAAUGGCUAAACCUUCCUUUGGUUCAUAUGAAAAAUGGCCAUCCCAUUUACAGUAAUUGUUUACAGUGGGAGAUGUAAAAAUAGUGUCCCCACACUUUUGUGCUAAAUACAUUGCCACCCAAAUAUAACUUGCUUUUUUUCAUGCAUUAAGAUACUCUCAAACUUUUAUAGAGGCGUGAGGUCUAUUUGUCCUCGCUAUUUUACAUUUUUCUUACCUAUAGCCACAGGCUUGUAGUUUCUCUUUUUAGUUGUGUGGAGGUUGAGAGGAUAAGACAAUAGUGACAUAAACACCAAAGAUUUAAAGUCUUCAUUUUUUGGCAAUUUCUUUAUAUCAUAAGAAAUAAUUUAUACAGAGAAUUGUGAGGAGGAUAUUGAUGCUGAUAUUUCCUUUCCAGCCCAAGUCAGACCCUGGCAGACAACAGCUCAUCGCCAGCGUCCCAUUGGCUGUUCUUGAUGCUUCUAUUUGUUGGUGGAUUUUCAUGUCGCUAGUACAGACCACAAGAACUCUUCGGAUCCGACGCAACCUGGUCAAACUUUCCUUGUACCGACAUUUCACUAACACUCUCAUUUUCGCUGUUCUUGGUAAGCAUGGGAGAGGAAUACACACCCCCCGCCCCUUCCUCCAACAGGCACAAAGAGACCCCUGCUUGGGGGGAGAGGAGGGUCACAUUUAGCUCCUUCAUCCUUGCUAGAGGUUCCAGCAAUUAACACAGUAAACUCAGCAAUAUCCACAAUCUGAACACCAUGUACAUGGCACCAAGCUGCAAGAUUUGCUCUGAACUAAACAAUUUAUUGGGUUUAUAUUUGGCACACAUCAAGCAUGUUGACAAGAGUUUAUAACUUGAUUUGUUUUUCAAUUCUGACCACAAGCUGUCAGCCUGUUAGUAAAAUUUGAUGUACAUAUUAUUUUGUAGCAUCUGUGGCUUAUAUGAUCUGGUCCAUCAAGACUCACAGAUUUGCCAAGGAUGGUUGUAUCACAGUAAGUUUCUUAAACUCGUUAAGCCCUACAUGCGGUACAAAAUCUCCAGACUAAUCUCAAUUCCUUAAAGAAUAAUUGAGCGAAUUUGAAAGCAUUUCCCUUUUGAUGAUCAUUUUCUUAACUCUCUUUACGUUUUCUCUUGAUUAUGUAUGAAUAUUGUUAAGAGGAAAUUGGUGUUAAGCAAGCAAAAGUAAAUGAUAAGAUUCAACUACAGUUCCAUUCACUGGAAUCAAUUUUUACUUUUCUUUCCUUUUUUACCAGGACUGGUCCGAGCUAUGGUUGGAUGAAGCUUUCUGGCAUUUCUUGUUUUCAAUUGUUUUGUUAGUGAUCAUGGUUUUGUGGCGACCUACAGCAAACAACCAGAGGUAUACGACAGCCGUUUGUUUUAAGAGAAUCUUUGUUUACAUUUACGUAAUCUGUUUUUGUUUGUUUGUUUUUUGGCCAGAAAUGCUCAGAGAAGGCAAUGCAUGCUAUAAAUUGUAUGUAAGCAUUAUCCAUGUUUUCACAGAUACGCCUUUACUCCUAUCGUGGACUUUGGUGAUGAUGACGAGGAUGAUGAUAACAUGACUUUGUCAGAUGCAUUUGGUGAGUUUUACCAUUAUUAAAACUUUCAACUCUAAUUGUAAUCAAUUUCGAAAAAAUUCACAAUUCCAAAAUUUCUUUGCACCAUAACGUGGUCUGUCUAGAAAGAAAAGGGUUGAUCUGACUGCGUCUUAAGGCCCUAGCAAAAGUGAAGUCAUUAUAUUUGUCGAUUUACGUAUUUUCAAAACUUUCUGUAACUUGCGUUUCCGUUCGGCUGUUUCCUUGUCUUUUACAGAUGGCAUGAAGAUGAGAAAUGUUAAGAACGUUCCAGAAGUAUUCAUUAAUGGAGAAUCCAAAAGAAAGAACAAACCAGUAAGUCAAUCGUGUCAACUCUACAGUGCGUCAGUAUUUUUUUCUGUAGCACAAAGCCAAUGCGAAAGGGAGUAAUUUUUGUUUUUUAUUGUCCCAAAGGAAGAUGACCUGAAAUGGGUUGAAGAGAACAUCCCUAGCUCUGCUGCCGAUGCGUAAGUGAUUCUGUUAUUAAGUAGAACUGUCAGUUAGGAUCUGUUAUCCCUUAAUUAGUACAGCGGACCAAGUUCUUGUGCUUGAUACCCUGCGAACAGAGGUUUCUCUCUUGCAUGGCUUUUAACGUUUACAAAGUCGUUCGCGUCGCAUGUCAGUCGAAAACAAAUGUGCGACUGACUAGCGACGCGAACGACUUUGUAAACGCUAAAAGUCAUGCAAGAGAGAAACCUCUGCUGGGAGGGCAAGUGUUUAGGUUAAGCUGUGGCCAAGUGGGUGUUCUGUGGUUACUAAAAGUUCUUCUUUUUUUUCCACUCAGGGUUUUACCGAGUGUGCUGGACUCUGACGAGGUAAGAUUGUACACUCACCAACCCGUCCCUUUAUUUGCCUGCAACUGGUCAAUUUGAAAGCGAGUUUUGUAAGGUAUUUACUUGUGUAAAUCAAGAGCAUUGAACGGUAUUAUAUGCAUUCAUUUUCCUCCUAGGAACUUAUGACCACAAAGUUUGAGAUGUCGAAAAUGGAAUGAGAGAGAGAUUUAACAUAGAUACAAAUGGUAUGUUUGGUAUUCUUUUUCGUGUUUAGAUAAUCAUGCUUUUGAGUAGGGAGCUUAGCAACGUAGAAAGCGACAGUGACGAGAACGUCUAAGAAGCAAUAGGUUUUAUGAACAACACAACAACUCUGCACGUGCAUCACACUUUCUCAUCGGCACAUUUCUUUUCCUUACCCUCGACGGCUGACUUUGAAUUCUCUAAUACAGCAAUUUAUGAAGGACGUUAAAACAUAACAGCAAAUUUUUGUUUCGUUUCUCAACCUGGGAAUGGUUAUUAGGGAUUUAACUCCAACAAAACUUACCCUCAGUUGUAUUAGCCACUUUAGAAACGCCGGGAGAAGAAAACUCAGCCGAGUGAACUUUUGUAAAGACUUCUGGGAAUGUUGUUUGGAUAGGUAAAAAAAACACUGGCCAAUAGAAAGUUCGGCAGCGAAAACGUCACUUUUAAAAUGAACUCGCGUUUUUUCAAACUUUGUCGCGUUUAUUCCAGAUUGCUGGAAAUGUCAAAUGAAGGCGAAUUUCCCUGGAGUUGAUUUCUUGGGGACCACACUCAAGUUUUGAAAGAGAAAGAAAAAUUCGUUGUCGCUUGUUUACGUCCUCCAUAGGGAUUUUCACGCCGUAGUCGUGCGGUGACGCAAAGAAAUGUGCAAAAAAAGUAUGCUGCACGUGCAAAGUUGUUGUUUUGCUAAUCAAACCUAUUGCUUGUUUGACGUUCUCACUGCUGUCGCCGUCACAUUUCGGUUCUAGUUUAUACUUGUCGUGUCCAAAGUAGCGUGUUGAGUGACCUUCAAUAUGCAAUGAAGUCUGGAAAGACGUCGUCUUUGUUCAGCCUUCAAAUUUGGUGGUAAUGACUGUCUGUUUAUUUUCAGGUUAACAAGCAAAUUGCCGUUUAUUGACUACUGAUGCGUGGCUUUAUGGUAACUUAUACCAUGCGCUGUCCUGUUGAGGACACGUACAUUUGUUUUCGUAGUCAUGGUAGCAAACAAUUUAUCGUUACUGCACUGAACCCUAAAUUUGGCCCCCUUAAGUGUGAAAGCUUGUAAUGAAAGGAGGCUUUUCAAAAAGUAUUAAAAACCGAGCUAUUUCUUUUACAUUUUCAAUAUCUAUCAAACCAGUAUUAAAGGGUUCGAAAAGAAAGGAAGAGAAGGCAAAGGAAAUAUAACUGUGGCAAAAAGAAGUAUUAUAUCUUGCUGUUGUUUUUGUAUGUCGGUAAACCACAUAAUUCAACUCGCGUUAGUUCGUAUUUUAAAUACUAGCUCACAACUUCAUGGGUACGACGACUUGCAAUAAUAAAUGUUUUCCUUUAUACAAAUUUUAAAAGAAAUUCAGGAGUUAUCUAGAAAAAAUGCAAGAUAUGUAGUAAACAGCUAUGUAAAGUAUCGCUGUUAUUUUGCUUCCACGUUUUAAUUUGAUUUCUUUCAUAAAAUGCGCUGCUUCUUACCACUGUUUUCUCGUAUCGUAAAUGUGGCAAGAUGAUAAUGACAAGCAACAUAAACAGCUACUUUCCUACCUAAUUUUAUUCAAAGUAAAUUAAAAUUAUUUAUAUUAAAAAACAAAACGCGCUUUGCACAUACGGUGACAAUAAUCAGGCUCAGUAAAAAGUGAGUUGAAAAUUUUCUUUCUUUUCUGGGGCUACCUUGCAGCUGUCAGUAUUUGUUGGGAAAAGCCCGAACACAAAAAAAGUACGACGUAUACGGGUCUAAUUAAAUUAGAGGUUCUUAAGAGCUGCAAGUGUAGUAAUUUCUAAAAAAAAACGCUAUUUGUAAAUAGCUUAAGUAGCUGUUUGUUAGCGACAUAGUAGGUUGAGUUUUGCUAUUUUAUGAGUAUAGUUUCUUUCCCAGGAGUAACCAAUAUCUAAUAAACAGUACCACAGGGAAGUACUGCUCAGUAGCUUUAAUAUGACACGUCACGCUGCAAGUAGCCUGUUCACAGACCCUCCAUUUUCUCUUCGAAGUUCGUCGAGCGCGGGUGAUAAAAUAUAAACCACAAGGGAUUUAUUGACCGACAGCGCAAAGGGGUUCGCGCGCUCGCUUCGCUCGCCGAUGUUUUCGAAAAGAACGGAAAGAAAAAUAAAGCAACGUCUGUGUACAGGCUACACUGCAGGACUUCAUCCACAGAGUUGAAACCACUUUGAUUUGAAUAGUAACUUUUGCGAAUAUCAAAAUUAUGUUUACAAUACAACAUUGCCCAUUAUAUUGAUUCUAGGAGUUACAGGGUUAACAAGUAAUAACAAAAUGGAUUUUUGAACUAAUUUGUCAAAAAUAACCAGUUUCAUGAGACCUUCUGGUAAUCUAGAACUCGGUUUUUUAGAUUCCUUUACGUUGAGCAAGCUUGCACAAGUGUUCUCCAAAUUAACAAUGUAAUAUUUAUACUUCGUUGUAACGUUAUUUGUGGGCUCAGAAAUUGAAAAUAAAUUUUGUUUAAAUGGCAAAACUCUGUUUAUCAGAGCGUGUUGCUCUUUAGCCUGAGACCAGCUCCUUAGGGAGGAAA